ACUUCUCCCUCCUGCCCCCGCUACAGCAUUUCUCUGUGUUUGUAGCCAAAGUAGCUCAGUAAACGAUCCACCGCAGUGCCUGGGACAGACUGCGUGGAAGAGGAAGAGAAAAGACAUUUCGAGGAUGGGAAGGGGAACUUAAGGGUAAACACCCAGACGGAGGAAAAGAGGAGAGGAUAGAAGGAAAGAAAUAGAGGAGGAGAGGAAGGGACAAAACCCCCAGCACAGCCUCCCCUGGUGUGGGGUUUCUUGGCUUCCUGACGUGUGCGCACGACUCUUAGUGGCACUAUGAGUUCAUGCAGCAGCCGUGCAUUGACCAUCCUGUCCACAGUGUUUGGAGCCUGCGGACUGCUGCUGGUGGGGGUGGCUGUGUCCACCGACUACUGGCUCAUAAUGGUGGAGGGAAUCAUUCUGCAGCAAAACCAGAGCAUGGAGGUGAAGAUGGCUCUGCAUUCUGGCCUCUGGAGAGUUUGCUUUGUGGCUGGAUCAGAGAACGGGAGGUGCGUAGCUUCGGAGUACUUCACUGAGCCCGAAAUAGAGAUCACCACCGAAAACACGGCAAACAUCCUGAAGAUGGUUCGUACGGCCACGCCCUUCCCCAUGGUGUCUCUGCUCUUCGUCUUCACGGCCUUCAUCAUCAGCAACAUCGGACACAUCCGGCCUCAGCGUACCAUCCUGGCCUUUGUGUCCGGCAUCUUCUUCAUUCUCUCAGGCCUCAGUCUGGUGGUGGGUCUGGUGCUCUACAUCUCCAGUAUUAAUGAUGAGGUGAUGAACCGGCCCAGAGAGCCAGAGCAGUUCUUCAAUUACCACUACGGCUGGUCCUUCGCCUUCGCUGCCUCUUCCUUCUUACUCAAAGAGGGUGCCGGAGUUUUAUCAGUCUAUCUGUUCAUGAAGCGAUACGCAGAGGAAGAGAUGUACCGCCCCCACCCUGCCAUCUACCGCCCCCGUCUGUCUGAGGGCAGCGACUACAGCGGCCAGUACCUCCACCCAGAAUCCUCCUGGCCUCCACCCAAGAGAGGCCGCAGCACCUCGGAGGCGUCCAGCGACAUCUCCAUCCAGCUCAACCAGACACCACCGGCGCCACCGAAAUGCACCCUCCAAGUUGGCGGCCAGGGGAGCCCGCCCUCCAUGUCUUCUUCUGCAGGGAGCUACCAGAUGCAGCCACAGACCACUGGUUACCCCUCCACACACACCCUACCCCGGUCCCACUCCUCCCACCUUCAGGGCCAGGCUCUUCCCAUGACCAUGCCUCCAUCGCCUGUACCCCCCCCUCACUAUCACACACAUGUGCACAUGAGCGCCUCCCCCUGUUAAGAAGGGGGAGCCACACGAAGGCGAGCCACUGACUCUUCAUCAUUAAAUAUACUGAACAUUUCGAAUUGGAUCAGGGUAAGCGCGGAGCUUUGAUCUAGCAUCAAAUGAAGCAGAAAAAUGUAGCUUUGAGACGUUAUAAAUCAAAGAGAGAGAAGGAGGGGAUUUUUACUGAUUUCUGAAGAUUUCAAAGAAGCUGUGAUGGAUGGAAAGAAACAAACAAAAGAGAAGAAAGAAGUUAAAGAGAAAGUCAAGAAAGAGGCAAACUGUUCUCCAGAAAGACAUUAGAGGUUAGGUUGAUUGGUAGAGCAGGUAUAAGGGAGGGAGAGUGAAACAGGGGGGCUGCAGUGUUAUACAAAGAUGCUGCAUUGCUGCAGGACUUUGUACACACUUGGAAAUGUACAACGCAAAGCACUGAUCUGAAAGGACUGAAUGUUCAUAGAGUUUUACAUGCAUAAGUCACGCUAACAUGUGGACUACAUACGUUUUUGCCAAACGGUAAAGUGUGGUUAAAUAUAUUCUAUUCAUGUCUGACUUUAUGACAUCAUCAGUUUGAUUCCACAACCCAUAAAGUCAUAAUAGUGCCCUCGUGUUAUUAAGUAUUAGUUAAUACAGUAACUGUUAAAUUAAUCUGCACAGAAUGAAUGUUGUUAAGCUUUGUAACAUACAGAGAUACUAUUAAGAAAUAUCAUGCAAACAACGUAUUGUUUUACAUAUUUAAGAUACAGAUCUUCAGCUUCUUGUACAUAGCUGCACAUCAGAACUAGAGUUGUGAAAUGGCAAAUGAAGCUUUUGCACAAGUCUAAGUGAGAAAAUAUUUUACUUAUUCAUCUUCGAAUAGAAGGGAAGCAGCUGUAGCAACGCAGCCUCAGGAUGCAGAGCGGUUCGGUUUUCUCCGGUUUUACAGGAAUCUGGCGCCCUCUAGUGGCCGCAGCCAUGAAGCAACCCCCGAAGCAAACGUUUCUGGCUCAAAACAUUUCUUCAACUUUGUCUUUCCUUCUGCCUUUACUGUGCGGUAUUACUCUUAAAGAAAUGAUGGAGAGUUUUGUCAAUUUUAAAUUGUAAAUCCAGAAUUAUUAGACACACAAAUAAGGACUGCAAAACAGAAAUAAACUAAUAAUCUGAUUAGUAGUGUAUCUUUAAAUAUAAUUAUAAAACCCACUUGAUAAAAAUGUUUGUUAUAUUUGCAAAUAAUUUUAACGCCAUUGUUUGUCUCAUGCAGCUUUUUAGCCACUUAAAAUCUUAAAUAAACCAUCUUUCCCACUUUAUUCUAAUGUAUUAAAGAAGAUAUGGCAGAACGGUUUUUAUACAUGUCUGGGUUCAAAUCCUCAGUAGGUAAAAACUAAAUAGAUAAAUUUGUCUGCUUCACCCAGAAAUUUCAUAUCCUACAAAAAUUCUAAUCUUAAAAAUUUCACUGUAAUUUUAAUAGUGCAUCAAUGUAAAUUGUUUUUAGACUGACCAGUUAGAUUAAAUCUAAUUUCUAAACCGCUAAGCAGCCUUAGAUCACCAAAACUAAAUUACAAAUCAGCCUCCACUGACCAUGUAAUUAUUAACUUCUAGAAAAUAAUGUUUUCUCAAAGCAACUGAGCAGCUUUUUCCCAUCACACUGAUGCAUACUACAAACUACACUGGCAAACAUAUUUUUAGACAUUUUUGUCACAACUUACAACAACUUACAAUACUGGUUUUAUGUUAUAGACCAACACAGAGAAAAACAAUGAAUUUUUUAGAAAAACAAAUGUAAAGGUUUUGCAUGCAUGAUGUGUUUGUGACACAUGUGCAGUGCUUGUUCCUCACCAUACAUAAUUUAUACAAAAAAUGUAAAACCUUGUUUUAUCUGAACAGAACACCUUCUACCUACCAGGUGCUAUAUCUCCUGUGGCUUGUGGCAAAGCGCAAACUAAAAUUCUCUCUCUUUUUUUUUUUCAAAAAUAGAUUUUUUGUUUUUCUUCGCCACUCUUCUAUAGAGACCAGCCUGGUUAAGAGCAGGGCUAGUAAUUAAUUCUCCCACCUGUGCUUUUAAACCUAAAUCUGCUUCUCAUUGCACAGCACACUUUUCAAAUUCCCAUUUGUAAAAAUAUAUCCGAAACCAUGCAUUCACUUCUACUUUACAAUUAUAUGCUUCGGUCUGCUGGUCUAUCAUAUAAAAUCAAACUUACAGUAAGUAUAUUAAAGUGGUACAAAUACAUUUGCAAGACUGUGUAGUUUAUGGUUUUCAACCCUGCAUUUGGAGAACUUUGAACAGCCUUGUUGCUGAAAUGUGCUAUACAAAUAAACUUGUCUUGAAUAGCGUAAUUAAAUUUAAUUGAUUAUUGAAGUAACUGCGAAUGACUUCUCAUAGAGGGAAAAAGUUAAUCUUGUUUCUUGAGUACUUCACUUUAAGAUGUCAUACAACAGAGAGGGCACUUGAAAUUAAUUCAGACUUUUCCAAUGAAGCAUUUCGACCUCACUUGGCCAUUUAUUUCAGGUUGUAAAGUUAAGACAGUUUUAUUCUCAAAAGCCUAAUUGCUCUUUUUAUACAACACUGUACAAAGAACAGAAUGCAAGAGCAUAAUUAUCUACACCAACAACCAGAUUUAAUUCUGAAUAUUCAUUUGUUCUUUUUAGUUUGCUACUGUAAUGUAAAAUAAAAACCAUUGUGUCAUCAUGAACUAAUUGGUUUGGAUUAUCACUGUGAUGCUUCAGAGAGAUAAAACCUGCUCCUACAAUUUAUUGUGGGGGAAAAACUAAAAUAAAAACCUCAAAAAGGAAAAUUUGAAGUGGGUUUGUUGUAUCGCCAAUGUCCUGCAGUCUGGUUUGGUUUCCUGUUUUCUGUUUAGGCAGUUGUUGUAACUCCAGCCCCCAGUUGUUGACUGUUUUCUUUGUUAGGCAGUUCAGUGCCUUGCCCACAACCAUUUCUGCAGCAUCUGUUGAAGAAGAUAAAAGAAAUUCUCCAGACAUUGCACUUGCAAACUUUUUCAAUCAAAAAUUGCUUCAGUAACUUUGGGUUCCUGCAACCGCCAUCACGACCAGUAGAUGAUGAAUGCUUUGUUCUUGCUUUAAAUAAACAGUCUUUUUUUAAUCAUUUGUUUGAUUAUGUAAUUAUCUCUAAAAGUCCCCGAGCUGUUAUACUACAUCACUAUUUCUAAUGUUGUAGCUCUUUUUUAUCUGCAUACUCAACUCUUUUUUUUUACCUGUGUAUUAAUGCAACAAAAGAAUUUAAGCUUCUCUCAGAAAUCAGUUCACAUUUUAUUUUUGUUUUAUAUACACUGCUCAAAAAAAUAAAGGGAACACUUAAACAGGUGUUUAAUACUUAAAGUGUUCCCUUUAUUUUUUUGAGCAGUAUAUAUAUAUAUAUAUACAUAUAUAUCACCAAACUAAAGUAAUUGCUUUUCAAUGCUUCAAUGAUACUGCAGCUUUAAAAUCUGAUCAAAUGCAAUAGAGGAAAUACUGACAAAAUUACUGCUGUUAUAGAGUUGACAUCUGUAACUCAAUUUGUUUUAUUAAAACUUCUAUUGGGGAUA